AUGCAGACUGCUUCUACAAACAUUUGUGAAAGAAUGGGUCGCUCUAAGGAGCUCAGUGAAUUCAAGCUUGGUACCGUGAUAGGUUGCCACCUGUGCAAUAAGUCCAUCCGUGAAAUUUCCUUUCCAUUAAAUAUUCCACGGUCAACUGUUAGUGGUAUUAUAACAAAGUGGAAGCAACUGGGAACAACAGCAACUCAGCCACAAAGUGAGCGGGGGUAGCGUAUGCUGAAGCACACAGUGCGCAAAAGUCGCCAACUGUCUGCAGAGUCAAUAGCUAAACACCUCCAAACUUCAUGUGGCUUUCAGAUUAGAACAACAACAGUGCAUAGAGAGCUUCAUGGAAUGGGUUUCCAUGGCUAA